AUGGGGACUCUCAUCACAUUAUUCACAUUACCAAUCCUUUUACUCAUUUCAAUCCCACUCGUCAUUUCAGCUGGUCUGACCAUCUCUCUAGCCGUAUUCACCCUUCUUCUACAGAUAUUUGUGGUCUACUUGGAAGUGGGUGUUGCACUAGUCAUCAACUUCUUUACUCCGCCAACUUCAACCUCGACAUCGUCCUUUCUUACAUUUGCACCAUCUGAACCUCCAACACCAGCUGCUGGUAACUCCCGACGAAACUCAAACUCAACAUACAAUUUAAUCCAAUCUCGUCGUAUCAAUGAUACACUCUCGUCCUGGGGGUUUAACGGAUUCCAAGACGAUCUCUCGAAAGGCAAGAAAAAGAAAUAUGCCCGCAGCAUGGUCGAAGCUCAUCAUCUUCCCAAUGGACCAUUAUCUAUGAGCCAUACCGGUCUCCCUGUUAGUGGAGAUGAAAGACGUGAUUUUGAAGGUGUAGGCGGUUGGCGUUCAUACCCAGAUAUCUCAUCUCGAGCCUCGAAACCACGCAGUGUCCACUCGGCACAAGAAAAGCCUCUUAGCUCGAGAUCUUCAUCAUCAGCACAUAGCAUCGCUGGCGAGGUCGAUGCUGAUCCCGAUGCUGAUAUUGACGCCGAUGAACGCGCCUGGUUAUCUCUCAACCACCGUCUGGAGCUCCCAUCUCAAGUCGUGACUUUUGGAGCUAGCUCAGCACUGAACAGUCCUACACAUCUGGAUUCACUAGCUAGCUCAUACGCACUACUACCUUCUGCUUCUUCUAGUGUCUAUAAUGCACGUGCAAAUACUCAUGCAAACCUUCAACCAUCUUCAUCAGAUAGACGCAGACACCAUCAUCGUUCACAUACAACUUCUGCUCUUUCUAGUUCGGAUAUUGGGACAGGAUCUGGUCUUUCUCUCUCUUUGUCCACUAGGCCAGAUUAUUCAUCGAGUCGUCCGGUCUCUCCAUCUACAACACGACAUCAAUUUAUGACUCCACAGCCCUACUCACCUUUCCAACCUCGUUCGACUAUGUGCCCACAGCCAACUACUAGUGUAUCGCAAACCAAUAUCCACGCCGCGGCAGGAACUAGUAACAGCAGUACAAGCGCAGGUGGAGGAUAUUUUGCCCUCUCGCGGCCUGGUGCAGGUUCUGUGCCUUCUUUCUCAGUUGUGGGAAGUCCCGUUUCUAGUGGCUACACGACACCUGCAUCCGAGGAACGUGAUUCCGCAUUGCAGCUUACUCGCUUUAUCGCACAUUAUCCUACUAGUGUGAGGCAUCGAAGGCGGAGUCUUCCGGGUCCUCAUGCGAGGAGGGUCUCUAUCGGGGAGCGGUUGAGUUGA